AUGAACACGGCACCAACAUCUCGACUGGGCCAAGUGCCCAGCUACGUACGAAUAUGGGUGCGACAUGGCCACUUCGGUAAGAAGAAGAAUGGCAGAGGGUUUCCUCCACCCGAGGGACAUGGGGAGGAUAUCUGGGUAUUUGGCCACAGAAGAACAAACCAGAUUAUUUACAGCUUUGAUAAGACGCUAAACGGUUUCCACGAUCUUAAGCAACUCCCAUUCAAUGGUAAAAAGACAAAGCCCGCCAAACUUCGAAAAGACUACUGGUCUCCCUUUGCACACAUCUCCUUCCCCGCCGGGCAAGGUUCCAUUGGCCGUUCCGUCUUCCAAAAACUGCGCGAGUUGAAGCACCUGCACGAGGUAGCAUGGGAUGACGACUUCCGAUAUAAGAACCCCGAAGAGUUCAGCGAAGCCGACCGCAAGCGAGUCACGAAGCAACAGGAGAAGGGCAACAUGGACCAUCGCCCCAUCCGAACAAAAGAGGAGCGAGGUGUGGCUCUCAAUGCCCAGAAGCCAAACUCCAUUGCCGAUAUAGCGUCUGUCUUGAGCGGUGCUGGUCGCGGCAACAAAAUCGUUGUAUCAGAAGAUGCCGAGGGUGCCGAGAAAAAGCUUUUGGAUGUGAAGGUAAACUGGGCGAACGACCAGGACAAGGAGUACGCUCAGGAAUGGUCUGGAAAUGUUACACACGGGCUGUUCGAAAAGCCGAGCUACGUUUCGAACGAGCCCGAGAAGAAGAAAAAGGAGGAGGAGGAGGAGACACCCGAGCCAGUGGCUGAAUGA